CUUGUCGGUGGUAAGCUGGAGGCGGCCGCAGCCGGGCCUGGUGCCUGCGGAGGAGCGGGAGAUGGCGGCGGCGGCGGAGGCCGUGCAUCACAUCCACUUGCAGAACUUCUCCCGCUCGCUGCUCGAGACCCUCAAUGGACAGCGGCUGGGCGGGCACUUCUGCGACGUGACCGUGCGCAUCCGCGAGGCAUCGCUGCGCGCUCACCGCUGCGUGCUGGCUGCCGGCUCGCCCUUCUUCCAGGACAAGCUGCUGCUCGGCCACUCGGAGAUCCGCGUGCCGCCAGUGGUGCCCGCGCAGACGGUGCGCCAGCUCGUGGAGUUCCUCUACAGCGGCUCGCUGGUCGUGGCGCAGGGCGAGGCGCUGCAGGUGCUCACGGCCGCGUCUGUGCUGCGCAUCCAGACGGUCAUCGACGAGUGCACGCAGAUCAUCGCCCGGGCCCGCGCCCCGGCCCCCGCCGCAGGCGCCCCCGCGCCCCUGCCCCUGCCCACGCCCGUGCCCCCGCCGCUCGCGCCCGCGCAGCUGCGCCACCGCCUGCGCCACCUGCUGGCCGCGCGCCCCCCGGGCCACCCCGGGGCCGCGCACACACGCAAGCAGCGCCAGCCCGCGCGCCUGCAGCUGCCCGCGCCCCCGGCGCCGGCCAAAGCCGAGGGGUCCUUCGCUGACCCCGCCCUGCCUGCCGCCCCAGAGGAGGGCGGGGACGAGGAGGAAGAGGAGGAGACGGAGGACGAGACUGAUGGCGAGGAUGGCGAAGGCGGUGGCCCGGGCGAGGGCCAAGCUCCCCCCUCCUUCCCCGACUGCGCCGCUGGCUACCUCACCGCGGACAGCGUGCGCGAGGAGCCGCCUGCGCCCGCCGGCCUCUCCGACUACGGCGCCGGGAGGGACUUCCUCCGGGGCCCCCCCGUGGCCGAGGACGUGUUCCCCGACAGCUACGUCUCCGCGUGGCAGGAGGAGGACGGCCCCGCGGUGGAAGGCUGUGCCGCCGAGGCCCCCGCCCCGCCGGACUGCGUCCUGUCCGGGCCCCGCCAGCCCCCAGUGAAGGCCCCGGCGCCUCCCGUAGUCCUUUUCCCCUUUCACCUGGGCGCCCCGGGGCCCCCCGCGCAGCCCCCGCCAGCACCCUCAGAGUCGGUCCCAGCUCCCCCGACCGCCUUCUACCCGGCGCUCCAGCCCGAGGCGGCCCCCAGCGUGACUCUGGGGGAGGCCCUGGCCCCGCCCGCCGCCCCCGCCCCUCUGGUCCCCCCUGCGCGCCCCGCGGGCUCCGAGCCGCCCGCCUACGAGUGCAGCCACUGCCGCAAGACCUUCAGCUCGCGGAAGAACUACACCAAGCACAUGUUCAUCCACUCGGGGGAGAAGCCGCACCAGUGCGCCGUGUGCUGGCGGUCCUUCUCGCUGCGCGACUACCUGCUCAAGCACAUGGUCACGCACACGGGCGUGCGCGCCUUCCAGUGCGCCGUCUGCGCCAAACGCUUCACGCAGAAGAGCUCGCUCAACGUGCACAUGCGCACCCACCGCCCGGAGCGCGCGCCCUGCCCCGCCUGCGGCAAGGUCUUCUCGCACCGCGCGCUGCUGGAGCGCCACCUGGCGGCGCACCCCGCGCCCUGACCCAGGCCACGCCCACGCGGGGUUGGCCACGCCCUCCGUGGGGUCUCAGCCACUGGGGCUACACCAUGCCGGCGAAGUCACGCCCUUUUUGUUUUGGCCACGCCCACCGCAGGGCUCCUGACAUCCCUGCCAGCCGGGUCAAGCCAGCAGGUACCUGACCACCGCUGGCCACACUGCCCCCUGAGCACAGGCCCUACCCUGCUUCCACCCUCAUCUGCACUGAUGGGGGCCCAGCUCGCCUUGCUCCGUCCACACUCGACCCUUCCAGGUAGUGGCGGGCUGGGGCUGGGCUGGGAUCUGACUGCCUCAGAACUGGAUCAUCAGACGUGGGGUGGGGCCCAGGAUUCCUGCUCCAACUCCCCCAAGUGGGGUGGGGUUCAGAGCUGCUUCCGCACUCCAGCUUCAGACUGGGUGAGAUCCACGGUGCACUCCCCAAGCCACCCCUCAUCUGGCACCUACGGGGACGCGGGUGGGCCUAUCAUGGACUAAUAAAGGACUGGCUCGUGGGCCAAAACCCAGAAGCUGUGAGCUCCUGGACGUGGGGUUUCUCACUCGUUGGGUAAAGACAGAAC